CAACGAAUUGAGGACUGUCAUGAGAUGUCAUGAGGACGUCAUAACAUUUCUCAGCAGAACGAUAAGAAUUCAAACAUUCCGAAAUGGAAGAAGAGGAGGAAAUUCCCGUCGAAAUAAACAACGACCUAGAGCAAAAGCUCGCAGACGCCUUCGAAAUUUUCGACCACGCUGCCAACAAGCGCAUAGACCUCCGAGACGUCUCCACCAUAAUCCGAGGCUUGGGUUGCUGCCCUGCUGAGGAAGACCUCCAGAAAAUGGCAGCAGCCAUGGAGGACCCCGACGCCCCGGGACAGGUCCACUUGUCCAAAUUUUUGCCGCACGUCUCCCAGCUGAUCUUCGAGCACAAAUUCCGCCCAGCAACCCCCGAAGAAAUCCUGGAAGCCUUCCGGACUCUGGACGUCGAAGGCCACGGUUUCUUGACCAAGCAAGAAACUACUAGAGUCCACAGCCGAGCCAUGUCCCAACCUUUCACAGACACCCUGUAUAUUCCAGUGUUGAUGACGCAGUACGGAGAGGUUUUCAAUGACGAAGAGCUCCAAGAGAUGCUGGAGCUGGCAGUGGAUCCGCACACGGGAAAUGUGACCUACGAGUACUACGUGAACCAGCUGAUGCACGAGCCUGCAGAGGAGGACGACAUUUACUGCCUUGCAGACAGGAUCGAAGCUGAGAAGCCUCCUCCUCCACCGCCACCUAGGAGGAUGUCGUCUUAUCUGAGAGAGACUGCAGAGAUGAUGUGA